AUGUCAAUAUAAAGAGAAUGGUAGAAAUUUGUGAGACCACCUAGAUAUAAUUAUAGUUACUUUGAUCUAGGUUGUUUAUUUCUUAUUAUAAUGGUUAGGUCCUGAAUAUAUUUAACUACAUCAAAGUUAUAUACGUAAACAUGAAAGGAUUAUUACUAAUCGUUAAAAUUGCAAAUUAGAAAUGUCAUACUUUGAAUUGAAUCCAAAAACUUCAAAUUGUAUUAUUUAUUGUCAUGGCUACAAUGGAUGUAGAAUAGAAGGCAUUAAAUAUGCUUAAAUUGUUGCUUAAUAUGGUUUCAAUUUUUGUACAUUUGAUUUCUAAGCAUGUGGUCAUUCUGAAGGGAAUUUUAUUACUUUUGGGUAUGAUUGCAAUAAAAACUAAUAGACAUCUUGAGAAGGAUGAUAUCACUUCAAUAUUGCAAGAAUUAGAAAUUAAUUUUUAAUAGAAGUAGUUUAUUUUAUGGGGAAGAUCUUUAGGUGCAACUACUAUUCAAUUAAAGGAAUACCCUAAUGUUAAAGGAUUGGUAUUGGAUAGUUGUUUCACAAACUUCAAUAAAUUAGCAAUUAGCAUUAUACAGAAACAAACUCGUUUACCUAAAUUUAUAAUAAAGGCUAUCAUCUUCUUAACCAAAGGUUCAAUUGAAGAAGAAGCUGGAUUUCAAUUAAAUGAUAUCCAAGUUUAAUGUAAUUCAAAUAUGCCUACACUCUACAUUUGUAGUGAUAAGGAUUCCCUUAUUAAGGCAAAAAAUAGUUUAAAAUUAUAUAAGUAACACAAAGGAAUCAAGAAAUUAAUAAAAGUUGAUGGAGAACAUAAUGAUUCUCGACCUCUUGAAAUUAUUCAAUAAAUUUGUUCAUGGUGUAAUGACAGAGUGUAAUUACAAUAAAAUAAUUACAUUCAAUAUAAUUCAGUCCCUUAAGUAACUAGAUUACCAUUAGAAUUAAUAUAUGAUUCUAAUAUUUAGAGUGGGAUGUAAUCUUCGUAUAAUAGGAUUCCCAAGAAUCCAGCUAUUAAAUUAAAAAAUCAAAUAAGUAUUUAGUUAAGAACAAGUUGUAGAAAUUUACAUAGUGCAGUUUAAUACUGAAUUUAUAUAUAUAUAUAUAUAUAUAUUUAAGACUUAGAAAAUAGUUAAUUGGUUUUUCAUUAUUAAAAAAUGUAAUUUAUAAAUGAGGGAGUUGAAUGGUUUGAAAUUCAUUCAACAAUCUUGGCAAAUGAUAUAGCAUGUAUAAUAAAUGGUUAAAAUAAGUGUUAAAAGACAAUUAUAUUAUGAAUUUUCAAGGAAAGCAUAGACGUAUAGCUUUAGGCAGUUCAAUUGGGUUGUUGAUGUUAACUCAAUUGGCUUAACGAAAUCCUAUAGGAGCUUUACGUAUUGGUGCUUUUACAUUUCCUAUUCUCAGUUAUGUGAUAUGUCCUGAGAUAUACAAUUCCUUAUUAUGAU